CUUCAUGUCCUCCUAUCAGCCUGGCCCCCUUAUAAACUAGCAUCCUUCCUCAGAGGCACCAGCAUGAUGGGCCUACUGUGGACCCCACUCUCCCUUUUGUCUUUCUUGCUUGGGGAGCCUGCCUGCUGGAGGACCCAGGACCACCCCAGCUGCCCAGAACCCAGGAAACUGGAAGCCAGCAAAGCCAUUCUCUUGCCCAGUUGUCCUGGAGCCCCAGGAAGUCCCAGGGAGAAAGGAACUCCAGGUCCUCAAGGGCAACCUGGACCACCAGGCAAGAUGUGUCCCAACGGUGAGCCUGGUGAUCCAGUGAACGUGCCCCAGGGCCGUGAGGGUGAGGCAGCCUUUGCAGGAGCCAGAACUUGGCAUCAGAUGUUGCUGGGGGGCCCGAAGGAGCUGCUGAGCUGGGAUGCCACCUUGAAAAGCUGGUACCAUCUGUGUCUACUAGAGGGCAGAGUUCUCCCAGUCUUUUGUGACAUGGGCGCCACAGAGGGCAGCUGGCUGGUGUUCUAAAGGCGACGAGAUGGUUCCAUGGGCUUCUCCCACUCUUGGCCCUCCUACAAAUCAGGUUUUAGGAGCCAGGAGUCCAUAUUCUGGCUAGGGAAUAAGAAUUUGCCCGGUUUACUUGCCAGGGUAAGUUCCCAGAAGGCUCCAGGAAGUCUGAGGGGCAUUCCUCUGGCAUAUAACGGGGACCUGCAGGUGGAGCUGCUGGACUUUAAAAGUAACCACACCUUUGCCCACUGUGAGAUCUUCUGCCUCCUUGAGAAGCAGAUUACUAACAGCUAUCCACCUCACAGUUGCUCUGAGGCUCCUGUGAGAUCACCUCUCAAGGGUGCCAGGCGUGAUGCUGGGCACCAAGGCUUCUCCCGCCCCUCCUGGCCAGGGGAUUCACUGAGGUUCCACAGUGGUAAGCUCUUUAUCACCUAUGACGCUGACCAUGGCAUGAGCCAGAGCAACUGCAAGGUGACUGUCCACGAUGCCUGGUGGUGCAGAUCCUGCUCUCAAUCCAGUCUCAACAGGCACUAAGCUAUGUCCAAGGAUACCCACAGCUAUGGAAUCGACUGGGCUUCAGGUCAUGGUGGGAAGUGCCAUUACAGCAGGGUUAGCAUGAUGCUUCAAUCGGGCACUCUGGAAGCCAGCACCCUUAUCUGUCCUGUACAGCUUCCGGACCUUCAGCUACCCUCCUGAUUGCUAACUGUCUCAGCUCUUCUGUCCACAUUUAAAAAUUAACACCAUUUUAACCCUUUCCUGGCUUGCAGGACUCUUCCAGGUCCUGGGGAAAUCUCAAGGCAGAGCAGGAACACAGGUUUAGCUCCAUUCAAGGAACCCACCCUCCUGACUGGGAGCAGCCCCCUGGCAAACGGGCUCUGAUGCCAAGUCCCAGGCUCCUGGCAGGCCCAGGAGAAGGCUUUCCAGUUGCAGUCCCUCCCUGCCUGCACAGUAGGGCCCUGGAGGACACUCACCCUUCACGGGUUCUGCACAUCCUGUUGUUUCUAGAGGUCCAUUCAUUCAACAGAUACCUGCAGAGCAGGGCCUACGAUUCGCACCUCUUUCCUAACCCUAGCCUGGGCACACAUCUUAUGAGUGCUUGCUGUGAGCAGUCCACAGCGGUUGGCGUACACAGGGGCCACAGGGGCACAGG